AGGGAUCGAUUUGGAUGUGAACCUGUAAGGCCCACGUCAAGAUGGAGCGGUAGCCGCAGUGACGGUGGAUGGACCAGCUGACACUCCGGUACACUGAGUUGCUGACGUCACAGGCCGAGGGAUCACGUGGUACUGAAGAGGGAGGAAGUAAACAUGGCGACGAACGAAACUACAGGGAUGGAAAUGCUCAAUACAGUAUGUGCUGCAAGAGUUGUACAAAUCCGGAAAUGCAAAGAAUAUUCGCGGGUGAAACUGUGUGCACGGGCAACAGUAGGAAGUUUAGUUGUAGCGGGAUACUUACAACGCAGACUGAACGGAAACCCCAAAACGAGUUGUUUUAUGAACAUUUCAAGGCUGAAAACCCAAAAACUGAAGAAAGGAAAGGCUUUGAUGACACUAAGUACGAACUGUUGUGCGAUGUAUUCGUCAUCAGACGCCACAAGUGCCACACCAGGACUCACGGUUGGUGGCGAACUGUGUUGUGUGCGGUGAUACUAGCUCAGCUGUGUUUGCUGACGUCAUGCAGGACUGUGAGGACCAAGUACGGUGACGUGUCAGGUGUGAUAGUGACCCCGGACAACAGGUAUCUGGACGCUGUGGAGGUGUUUAAGGGUAUACCGUACGCGACGCCACCCGUGGGGAGCCUCAGGUUUAUGCCUCCAGUGAGUGGUGCUAUGUGGCAGGGCGUGAAGAUGGCCAACAGGUUCAGCCCAGUGUGUCCUCAGUCCCUGCCUGACGUCACCAACGACACGGCGGCUCUCAGGAAGAUGUCUAGAGGCAGACUAGAGUACCUCAGGAGGAUGAUACCCUACCUCAGGAACCAAAGUGAAGAUUGUCUCUACCUCAACGUUUAUGUGCCUCAUGUCGUGUUGGGAGACCCUCGGGAGCCUGUUCCCUUAUUCCCAGUCCUAGUCUACAUCCACGGUGACUCCUACAUGUGGGGUGCGGGCAGCCUGUACGAUGGUUCCGUACUAUCCAGCUAUGGUGGGCUGGUCGUCGUCACCCUCAACUACCGUCUGGGAAUCCUAGGGUUCCUCAACACCAACUCCGGACCGUCCAACUUCGGUUUGAUGGAUCAGAUAGCGGCGCUACACUGGGUUCAAGAGAACAUCGCGUCAUUCGGUGGUGAUCCUAGGAAUGUGACAGUGAUGGGGCACGGCACUGGGGCAGUGUGUGUCCACCUUCUGGCGACCACCACGGCGGUCACUGAGGGGUCACUAUUCCAACGGGUGAUACUCAUGUCGGGGUCCGCACUGUGUCCCUGGGCGCUGGUCCGUGAUCCCCUCAAGUUUGCGAGGCAAGUUUCCCGCCACGCCGCGUGCCCCUGGGACCGCCAGCUCAUGACGUGUUUGCGUCAGCGGCCGCUAGAGGUGUUGACGUCCGUUCCAGCUGACCAUCCCCAGUUCAUCACCGCGUUCGGCCCCAGCGUGGACGGUGUCGUGGUUGGUGGCAGACUCGGUGACGAGGGAGAAGAAGACCUGCCACCAGCCCCACACCAUAUCCUGGGCCUGCUGCGACGCCCCCUGGUAGCUAGGUUAUCCAGGUACCCUCUACUUCUGGGGACAGUCAGACUGGAGUCUUACUUCGCCUUCACAGCUGACGACGUGCAAUACGGCGUCGAGCCUGACAGGAAGGCGAGGCUGAUGAGAACAUUCGUCAAAAACACUUACAGGUAUCACCAGUCAGAGAUCCUAGCUACUGUCAUGAACGAGUACACAGACUGGGAACGUCCUGUACAACAUCCCAUCAACAUCAGGGACGAGACUAUGGAUGCACUCAGUGACGCUAUGGUGGUGGCUCCUAUUGUCCAGACAGCAGACCUACACUCUUCAAGUCGAUCCUCAGCGUUCAUGUACGUGUUCGACUAUCAGACUAGGCUGGGCGACUAUCCUCAGAAGCAAGGCUGCGUCCAUGGAGAGGAACUUCCCUACGUAUUUGGGGCUCCGCUAGUCUCCAGUAUGAUGCACUUCCCUCGGAACUUCACCAAGACUGAAGUGCAACUAGCUGAGAUGACCAUGGACUACUGGACCAAUUUCAUCAAGACUGGGAGCCCCAACACCGGCCACGACACUGAAGUUCCUAGACUAGAGCGGCAGAGAGGGAAGAUGUUAGAGUGGCAGACUUACGACAAGGUCCACAAGCGGUACCUCAACUUGGACAUGAAGCCCAAGAUGAAGAACCACUACCGCGCGCAUCGUCUGUCGUUCUGGCUCAACUUGGUGCCUGAUCUACACAGACCUGGAGGUGACGUUCCUCACUCUCAUCAUCAGCUGGACCCUGACGAGCGUCCGCGGCUGGUGGACAAGGUUGUAACGCCUCCACCGUCCAGACCUCCACCAGCCCCCAGUGACCCUGACGUCCCUCUCUCCCCGCCACCUGUCGUGGUAGCGUCCUCCGCCUCCAAGGGGUCCACCCAAGGUCACCGCCCCUCGCAUUUCACCGCGCCCACCGCUCUGCGCGCCACCGUCGCCGUGGGUGGCAUUCUGCUGGUGCUCAACAUCAUCGUGUUCCUCGUCUUCUACCGCAGAGGUCGGGGAGUGAAGUACAAGAGAAGAUCCUCCUCUAGUGCGUCUGGCGAUAAGAUGGAGAACGGCGGACCAAUGUCUACCAUCUGUGUCACCUCUGGUGCUACAGAUUUGUCAUCAGUUGAGACCAGACUCACCUUCACUCCAGUGCUGAGUGAUUCUCUCACAGACUUGAGAAGCUUCACUCUCCCAGCGCCUGAAGCAUUCCAGGGUCCACUGACACCCGAAUCACCAGAGAUCUUUCUGGAACCACCGGAAGUUCCAGAGAUACCGGAUGUGGCUCCUCCACUGCCACCCAAGACAUCCAAGACGAAGACGCCCGGGGCCAACGAGACACUGCCCCUGUUAUCUGAUGGUCUUAUCACAGAUCUGGGCCAAGGUCAAGGCCAAGGUCGCGAGGAGAUACUGAGAGUAUAGCGGGCGACGUUUAGGAAUGUGAAAAUCUCAAUUCAAUUGUUAUUAUGAUUUGUUAUUUUUAUGAAUUAACAUACUAGAACAUAAAUUUUUGG